CCUUCCUCAUGAUAGUAGUUUCAUUUUCUUCACCAGAACAAGCCCUUCGCGAUUUGCCACAGGAUGCAACUCUCGAAGACAAGUUUGAUCUGAUCUGCCAAAAAUAUCAAGACCUGUUGCACGAGGAGAAAGAGGUUAAUACGAAAAUAAAACAAUACGAGCAGGCUGCGCACUCGAUUCGGAAUGAGCGUGAUCAGCUACAAGCUGAACGGAAUCGACUGAUCUUACAGAAGGACAAACUGGAGACACUGUGUAGGGAGUUGCAAAAGCAAAACAAAUUGGUGCAGGAAGAAAGUGUGGCUCGUACGAGGGCCGAAGAGGAGAAACGUCGCGAAGUGGCAGACCAUUUUCAGACGGGUAUCACUUCAAUCCAGACUCAGCUGAAUGAGUACCAGACGAGGAAUUCGGAAUUACGAAAGGAAAACCAGGAGCUUGCAGACAAAUUGAGUCAGUUUAUCAAACAACACGAGAAGCGUGAGGAGCACGUUGAGAAGCUGCUUCAAGCUCGUGACCUUGAAGUCAAACUGGCUGAGGCAAAGUUGAACAAAAUGCAAUGUUUGUUGGAGCAAGAACGAGUGAAGUUUCAGCAGAAGGUUAUCAAUAUGGAACAAGAGUCGAAACUUAUGAAAGAGCGGAUGGACAUGCAUUUGGAGCUUGAACAGAAGCUGAAAGAUCAGAUCGAGUUUUACAAAACGAAAUACCAGAAUUUUAACAAAACCAUCGCAAAAAGCAACAAAUUAUUCGAUAGUGCCAAGGACGAAAUGGAAAAGCUCACAAAACGUGUCAAACAGUCGGAACACGAUGUCGUUGAGUGGCGCGGGAAAUGGGAGCUCAGUCAGCGUAGCCUACUCGAGGUCGCCGCGGAGAAUAAGAAAUUGACCGAGGAGGCUGCUAUAGCGCGCAAGCAAGCCGAACGGAUGGGCAACCUUUGUCGGGCUUUGCGAGCCCAACUGGAAGAGAUGCAUCAGUCGGAUGGAACAACAUGUCAGCCUAAUGAUCGGAUUGUGAAUUCUGGUCAAGUCAAGAAUCAUGACGAUGGAUCUCCCGAAGGUUCUACUCCGUUCGAUGAAACAUCAAGUUCUUCUGAACAUGCCGAUAGGUUUCACAACAACGCCAAUCCCGAGGCGAAAGAAGCAUGUACACCCUCAGAGUCAUCCCUCCCAGAAAAUCCGCAAACAGAGCAGAAGAUGGUCGAUAUCAGUCAACCAGCAGAGACUCGAGCAGAAGAUCCAUCUGCAUGCGACCCUUCUGAUUAGGACUAUUAUCGAGGGAGAGCCGGCCUACCCACCUACACAUCCGCAGUUGUGACUGCCGACUUGCAUUUGGACACCACGAUCGUAUUGACACUGUCCUUCAAAUGGCUGUGCCUACGUUCCUUCUUUCCACAAAACCACAUGCCCACUAUCUCCUAGUACAAUUUCACUGGAUGCUCAUAUAACGAAACACCUACUUCUACCCUUGAACUUGUAUUCGCCUAUCGCACCUCCGUUUCGGAUCCUUUACGACGUCUGAAUCGUGCUCAGUGCCUUAUCUUCCUUAUUUAGACACCAAUGUGAAGUUUUCACACACUGUUUUUACUUGUUUACUAUCUUCGAUGCUCACUCGCCCGCUUUACUACUCUCUAGCUUGAACUUACGCGUAGAUUGUUCCGCCUACCAACCAAGUUGUUAUGUGCUUUUCUAAUCAGCGUUCGAUCGUGGACGUUCAAGUCGCUCAUCCAGGACAUUCAAUCGAGUCAUAUCGGAUUUGGUGUCGAACUGGGAAACCGUUCACCUGCGUGUUUGUUCGCAGCCUGGUUGUACCUAGAAUGCAGUCUGUCCUCGUGUAACAAAAGGUAUGCCA